ACACCACACUUGUAUUGUAUGUAGCAAAUUUUUCCCUUUCCAUAAACUUCAAAUGAUUUUCCUUGCGCUAUACUUCUUCUCCCUCCUCAACACAGUAACAAACUCAGUCACCAACAGGCACUUACUCCCCAAGUCCGACAUAACCCUCGACUGUGGCUCAUCACGAAACAGCACACGACCAGGAGACAGGCGAACCUGGAGUGGAGACGUCAGCUCAAAACUGUUUCCCUUAGAUGCUCAAAAUAAAGUCUCUGCGUGUGCGGAGGUUGUUGACUCAGUCGACGAAGUUCCUUACAGAACAGCACGGUUCUCCGUCUUCGAAUUCACCUACACAUUACCAGUGACACCUGGCGUAAAGAUCGUCCGACUCCAUUUCUCCUCGGCCAAAUACAAAGGCUUUGAUACCUCCAAGGCCUUCUUCUCCGUCAAAGCCGGUCCAUACACCUUCCUAAAAAACUUCAGCGUUUCUCUCAAUACCGAGGGUCUUCAAAGAGGAAACAAAUUAGUGAAAGAAUUCUGCUUGCCUGUAGAGACUUCGAACCUGAUCAUAAAAUUCACUCCUACCACUUCAAUGGUUUCUGACGCUAUUGCUUUCGUCAAUGGAAUUGAGAUUGUGUCGAUGCCCGCGGAUCUAUACUACUCGGUGCCCGAUGCAGGCCUUAGGUUUGUAGGGCAGGCGGGACGGUACUUCUUCACUAACAACACUGCUAUGGAGAAUGUGUAUCGAGUUAAUGUUGGUGGAAAAUUUAUCUCUAGAGAUGAUGAUGAUUUCUUCCGUACUUGGGAGGGCGCAGACAGCGAAGAAAGAUUUUAUUUGACGAGGUACUCGAAAAUAUUAAGUGUUAUACCUGUGACAGGUAGCCAGCUUACCUGGGAAUUCCCACAGUACAUCGCACCUGCCAUGGUCUAUCGAACCGCUCUGUCUCCGGGUUUUGUAAGAGAAUCAAUCAGAAGUUACAAUCUUACCUGGGAAUUCCCUGUAGAUUUAGGAUUUUAUUACAUGGUUAGAUUGCACUUUUGUGAGAUUAGCAAAGUGAUUAAGUUCACAGGUGACCGGGUAUUUCGUAUCUUCAUGCUGAAUCAGACGGCAGAACGAAGAGCCGAUGUGAUACGCUGGAGUGGGGGUCAAUAUGUUCCCUAUUUUAGGGACUACAUCGUAUCAGUUAUUUCAAAAGGAGUAGCCGAGAAGAAACAGAAACUCUCCAUCGCUCUGGAAGCAAUGCGAGAGCAAACUAAGUAUACCGAUGCAAUCUUAAAUGGUGUAGAAAUCUUCAAACUGAACGACGCAACUGGGAACUUAGCCGGUCCUAAUCUCGACCCGAUUCCUCAUCCUGUGCCAAGCCAGCAGAAUGAGAAAACAAAUCGAACGUCAAUGGUCGGAAUAAUUUCCGGUGCAGUGGUUACACUGGCCCUAAUAAUUGGGUUGUUGGUUCUCUGGAUCGGAAGAAAAGUCAAAGAGUCAGGACACAGUUCUUUGACCACUACUAAGUCAAGCAAGGCUUGUGGCUCAUCAUCAAAACUGCCGUCUCAUCGUUGUCGUUAUAUAUCAUUGGCUGAGAUCAUAGCCGCCACAAACAAUUUCGAAGAUAUUUCCAUUAUCGGAGUUGGAGGAUUUGGCAACGUGUAUAAAGGGUACCUUGACAAUGGGACCACCCCCGUUGCCAUCAAACGCCUAAAGCCCAAGUCAUCCCAAGGGGUUCGAGAGUUCAGGUCCGAGAUCGAGUUGCUCUCCCAUCUCCGUCACCGCCAUCUCGUCUCUCUCAUUGGUUACUGCAACGACAACCGCGAGAUGAUCCUCGUGUACGAGUACAUGGCCCACGGCACCCUUCGUGACCAUCUCUACAACACUGAAAAACCACCUCUCACGUGGAAACAACGGCUCGAGAUUUGUAUUGGAGCAGCGAAUGGAUUACACUAUCUCCAUAAGGGUAUAAACUACACGAUCAUCCAUCGUGAUGUCAAAACUACAAAUAUCCUGCUAGAUGAGAAAUUUGUAGCCAGAAUUUCGGACUUUGGUUUGUCGAGAGCUUGCCCCACCACCAUUUCCAAAACCCACAUCACCACAAUUGUCAAGGGUAGUUUUGGAUAUUUGGACCCGGAAUACUACAAGCGCCAACAGCUGACAGAAAAGUCCGACGUUUACUCGUUUGGUGUCGUGUUGUGUGAGAUCCUAUGUGGUAGGCCACCUAUUGUAAAGACCGCGGAGACUACUGCACAAGUGGGUUUGGCCGGAUGGGUACAGAGUUGUCAUCGCAACGGAACACUUGAUGAGAUAAUAGACCCAAAUCUAAAGGGUAAGAUUGCGCCAGAUUGCUUCAUGAAAUACGGUGAGUUAGCGGUGCAGUGUAUGGUGGAAAACGGGACUGAAAGGCCGUCGAUGAAGGACAUCGUGAGGAGGCUGGAGUUUGUAAUGCAGCUACAGAAGAAUGCGGAGAGCGACGGCAGUGUGAGUUGGGAGAUUGUGAAAAGGAAAGCUGAGGAGGAGGUGACUCUCUACAGAAAUUACAACAGCGACAGCGAUGGGGCAUUUGCUUGUAGCUGGAAAGGAAUUUCUGGGACUGUGUUCUCCGAGAUAACUGAUCAUCGGAACGGUAGAUAAUAAAUAAAUGAACCAUUAUUUACCUUCUCCUAAGCAAAAUAAGUCUAAUACGUACUAUGUCUUAUGUGAUAAUUAAUGUGAAAACAAAAUUUAAAAUUGUAAUAUUAAUUUUUGUGUCUUCUUUCUA